AUGGCGCGAAUACUUCAAGGCAACCUGCACAGAAGUAGGCUCGCCCACGAUCUCCUACCGCAAUUUGUCGCAGAGGAGAAAGCGGACAUCCUCCUGAUAAGCGAACAGUACACGGAUCGAGACACACCCGGCUGGGUGUCCAACGAUGCAAGGACCGCCGCAGUCUGGGUGCCCAGGCGCGGCAUCGCAGAAUCAGGGACGGGGGAUGACUACGUAGGAGACGUAUCCGGGAAACUCGUCAUGGGGGACAACUUCAACGCGAUGGCCACGGAAUGGGGUAUGACGACAACGAAUUGCAGAGGCAAGGCCAUCCUCGAGAUGGCAGCUCGACUAAGCUUAGUGGAUUGGCAUGUCAUGGAGGAAUAUACUGCAAAUGACCACCAGUAUAUACUUUUUGACAUCCAGAACGACCACAGAAACAGGACCAGAGAAAGAAAAAAGCAGACGCCACGGUGGAAUACCCGGCGCAUGAACCGGGACAGACUUGCUGAAGAGAUGCAAAGGGCGGAGCUCCCAUCAAUUGGGCUCCCUCAGCAACUGAGCGAACGCGAAAAAGCCGAAGCACUAGUAGAACGUACAACACGUCUCAUCACGGAGUUGUGCGACGCAGCUAUGCCAAGGGUGAGGGAGGCUCAAAAAGCUCUGAAAAGACAAAGGCCUGAAGCCCAGGACUUGUACGAGAGACACGACCGGGCGCGAAAAAGGCUGAGGGACGCGAUAAAGGAAAGUAAGCGACGCUGUUGGGCAAAGAUUGUCGACGAAGUGGAGAAAGAUCCGUUUGGCGACGGAUAUGCGAUCGUUACCCGAAAGAUAGGCGAAAUGAAACAAACGGAGCCAAUGGAGGCAGAAGUGAUAGAAAAGGUAAUCGAUGGGCUGUUUCCCACACACCCCAUCAGAACUCAGGCAGAAAGAACGAAUGUGCCGAUAGACGAGAUACCCCCUUUCACCGAGGGCGAGCUUAUCGCGGCAACCUCAUCCCUGAAAAGCGGCAGAGCACCAGGACUGGAUGGUAUUCCGGCGGAAAUGCUGAAAGUCGUCGCAAUCCAACGGCCGGAGCUGAUACUGGAAAUGUACAAUCUGUGCCUGAUACAGGGUGUAUUCAGCUCGAGAUGA